UAUGUGAAUAUGUGCUUGUCUAGCAGCAGCUGUUUGCUUAUUAUCAGCUAUUUAUUUUUCGUUAUCAUUUAUCAGCAUUAUGCUUGUGCAGUUGUGCAUAGUUGGAGUUGCUUUUGGCGACGUGUUUGACUUUUUAAUGCUAAAUAGAAAGUGAUUGAUUAGUUCAAUUUAUUCGGUGUCAUUACAAUCGUAAAAAUAUAAAAUUUAAAAUCAUUAUGGAAGGCACCAAAUCCAUUUUAAAAACGAUACCGCUUUUGAAAACAAAAGCUGGACCCCGUGAUGUCGAUUUAUGGCCUCAGAGACUCAAAGAAGAAUAUCAAUCUUUGAUCCAAGUAAAUUCAAAUAAUAAAAUAAUAAUAUUAAAUUGCAUAUGACCCUUUGAGACGGACACAAUUUCAUUAAUGAAUAGUUGUUUUUAUUUAUUUUCAGAGUGUUAAAAACAAUAAAGAUAAUGACAACGAUUGGUUUCGACUCGAAUCAAAUAAAGAAGGAACCAAAUGGUUUGGAAAGUGUUGGGUGUUUCAAAAUCAGCUAAAAUACGAGUUUGACAUAGAAUUUGACGUAAGAAUAUUAUGUUUUAUGUACAUUUAUUCUCCAUAAUAAAUUAUUUUCAUAUUACUUUGUUUUAGAUUCCAGUUACAUAUCCUACUACAGCACCUGAAAUUGUAUUACCUGAACUUGAUGGUAAAACAGCCAAAAUGUAUCGAGGUGGAAAAAUAUGUUUAUCAGAUCAUUUCAAACCAUUGUGGGCUAGAAAUGUGCCUAAGUUUGGUAUCUCUCAUGCAUUGGCACUAGGAGUAAGUUUUAUUUUUUUAUAAAACAUUUAACUAAAAAAAAAUCAAAUCUUUCAGACACUAUUAGUUUUAAAAAUUAGAUUUUUUUUUUUAAAAAAAACAUUGUUCAGAGUAUUAAACCUAUUCUCAUGUCAACUGAAGAAUUUUAACACAGUUAACAAACUUUUAAAAGUAUAUCCAAUAUUUUGUCUGUUUCAGUUGGGCCCAUGGUUAGCAGUGGAAAUUCCUGAACUAAUUGUGAGAGGUGUGGUUAAAUACAAAGAAAAAGAUGACGAUAAAUAACAUUAAUUUUUUUUACUAUGGGCCGUGCGUUUUUUGGAUAUACAUUGAUGUUAUAUUAAUUUUUAAAUAAUUGUUUUAUUUCCUUUUGUCUAGCCAUAUUAUCUGAUUAUGAAUGUGAUUACUAAGUGUUAUAAUAUAUUUUGAUUUUAAAAUGUAAAAUUCAUAAAGACGGGUUGUCGAUGAGAAUGUAAUACUAUUAUUGUAUCCUCAUUGGCAGUCAAAUGAAAAAUGUUGUAUUUAAAUAAAAAUUAUUUUAUUUUUUUUUAUAAUUCAGUUUUAUAAUAUUAAUAUUUAUUGAAAUUUUAAUAAUGUUUCACUAUGAAUAUAAAUGCCAUUUUUUAAAAUUUGUUUUUCUAUUGAUUUACGUAAUUAUAAAAUA